UACCUGAAGACCGUCAUGUCUUAUUCCGGUGAAUGGCGUGAUAGAAUUUGAUGCUUAGAAGAGCACUGUUUUGCGAAUUCUGUACAAGUCAUUGCUUUAUUAUAGAGUCCAGCUGCUCUAGAUGUCUAUGACCUGAUUCCCAACGCUUUAUUUGCUUCCAAAGGAAGCUGGCAACACCCUAAAUUGGUCAAAUAAUCGAACAACUUUUCGCGAGUCGAACAAACAACGUCGUUCCGAAUUGUUAAAAGAAUUGUAUUGUUUUCGUAAAUUUGCCUUCGUAUGCAAGGAAAUAAAGGUGAUUAAAAAGCUAAAUACUCUUCGAAAACGUGUCAAAAGGCUUUGGGAGUUUGAAAAGAGCACCUUGUUAUGCUUUGAGCAAGUCACACUUCAGCAAGAAUGCCUAUCUCAACCCCUCAGUGGACCGAGUUUUUAACAUGCCCAAUAUGUUCACAUGAUUUUACUGACACCCAACGACAACCGAUUAGUUUGGGAUGUGGUCACACAGUCUGCAAAUCAUGUAUAUCCAGUCUACAUCGAACUGUUUGUCCCUUUGAUCAAUCAACCAUCAACCUUAAAGUGGAUAUUUUGCCAAUAAACUAUGCUUUGCUGCAACUUCUUGGGUUCACAAUUCCAACACCAUCUUGCCCUGAUGUGUCAAGGAUAAAAGAGAAUGUGGGUCAAUAUUUUGCAGCCAAAAAAUGUAUAGAGGAGCUAGCCCUGUUUCUUAGUCCACUUGUCUCAAAGAAUGGUUCACCCUCAGAGGCAACAAGCAAUGGUCUAACAAAUGGUACACUGUCUCGGCCAAUGCAUAGAAAACUAGUAACUCUUGUUAACUGCCAGUUAGCAGAGGAAGAGGGAUGUGCAAGGAUUAUGAGGGCAAUUCGAAGUCUUGGUGAGAGAACAGUCUUGGAGUUUAUUCUCCUCCAUCAGAAUUCUGCCCAGUUGUCGCAGAAUCUAUGGACAGCUGUACGAAAUCGAGGCUGCCAAUUUCUUGGACCAGCCAUGCAAGAGGAUGCUCUGAAGUACAUCUUGUUAGCACUUGAAGGUGGUGAAGCCUUAUCAAGGAAGGUGAUUGUUCUGUUUGUGGUUCAACGUCUCGAGGCGUUGUUUCCACAUGCCUCAAAGACCAGCAUUGGGCAUGUUGUUCAACUGUUGUAUAGAGCAUCGUGUUUUAAGGUGACCAAGCGUGAUGAUGAGUCAUCACUGAUGCAACUAAAAGAACAGUUUCGAACAUAUGAUGCUCUGAGACGUGAGCAUGAUUCCCAGAUUGUCCAAAUAGCGCUCGAGGCAGGUUUGCGUAUAUCUCCUGAACAAUGGUCAGCUUUACUGUACGGUGAUCAAGGACACAAGUCUCAUAUGCAGUCAAUUAUUGAUAAGCUUCAAACCCCAGAGUCAUUUGCCUCCAGCAUCCAGGAACUGACAAUCGCCCUGCAGCGAUCUAGUGAUCCGGCACAGCUUGGUCGUUUGAGAGAGCAUUUUGAACUCUUGUCAAGAAUUGAUGGUUCACCAGAUGCGACUACCCCAACAUGGCAAGAACUGGAGGAUGCUCUUAAAGCUGUUACUGCUGUUGUUCAUGGCUUAGUUGAGUUCACAAAGACUCAUGGAAUAAGGGUCAAACCGACAUCUGACCAACCUGUGCACAGCAAGUUUAAGACCAGUAUGUGCCGUGAUUUUGCCCAAAGAGGAUCAUGUCCAAGAGGUCAAAGUUGUACAUUUGCACAUUCUGAGGAUGAGUUGGACAAAUAUCGUCGCAAGGCCAAGGCAGCUCGACCAGGUGGGAACGGUGUAGUCAACGCAAGAGGUGGAAUGCCUGAUCAUCUAUCAUAUUCACCAAACCACAAUGAUGAACCCGCAGAAAAUGGUCACAGCAACCGCAAUGGUUCGAUAAGAUCAUCACCAUUGUUUUCUCAAUCGAAUGGUCAAGAUUAUCCGGUGAGCUCCUCAAGUUAUAGUCAGCUGGUGCGCGCGCACAACAAUCAUAAUUCCCAUGACGUCAUGGUGCAACAAUUACGUAACCUCAACAUCCAUUCCCAGCCUCCAUCUAUGUAUAACGGUCAGGAGAAUGGUUUUCGUAACCACGUCGCGACAGAUGGUCUGACACCACCACAUAACUCAGACCAGAGCUUCAAUUAUCCAUGGAUGGGUAGAACAAAUGGUUAUUCUGCUGUCAAUGGGAACGGUCAUGUGAACGGCCAUAUGGAUAAUGUUGGAAGACCAGGUCCCACGCGUACUUCACCUCUCACAGUUGAAGAAGAAGCUGCUCUGAAUGGCCUGAACGGCGUCAAUGGUAUGAAUGGAUUGAACGGGAUAAAUGGAACAAAUGGGGUCAUGAAUGGGCACUCGGAGUACAAUCAACAACGUCGUAUCGAGGAGAUACGUCGCCGUAAGAGCGAACUGUUAAACUAUAAUUUUAGUCAGCGGUUCCGUUGUGCACAAUACGUCCCAGCACCGAAUGGUUACUCUCAGUUCCAGUCUCAUCAAUAUUACCCCAAUGAUGCGAACCGUUUCGGAGCUGUUGGAACACGAGUUGGGCCAGAUAUUGAUAGGUUUAAUGGCUUCUCUCACUACCCACCGUCUUCGCUCAGCCCGAGAGCGUUGAUUGAUCACGUGGACGUCGUCCAUAAUGCAUCGUUUCAUCCGCACUUCAGCUUCGUUCGUAGAACACCGUUCGCCGGAGAUUCUGAGGAUACAGACUCUGGCUUUAAAACGGACAGUGAUACCAAAAGUUUGUCGAUUGAAGAUUCGGCAGUUUCAGAAGAGACCUACUCCCGUCCACACUUGAGUAGUGUCAGCAGUGGUGUGAGUAGCGGGGACUCCUACGGGAGCCAUUCUCCGAGGUCACAUUCUCCGCUUGGCUCACCAAGGCAGCAUUCGCCCGAUGUUUGGGCUGGGUCUACCGAUGUUUGGUCGAAUAGUGGAGAUGGCCCAACUGGACCGUUCCUGCCACGAAGGUCUGUGGAAAGUGAUAUCGUUGGGAGAGAAGCCUGGAAUCUAACGAAUUCUGACGAGUUGUCAGGUUGGUAUCAGAAAACAGAUGAGAAGGAACUACCUGCAUGGGCUCUGGACAAUACCAAUAAGAAACGCAACCAAACGCUGUUAGAGUCGUUCUCUUCGUGCAGUGGUUAUUGGUCUGACCCUGAGAUCACGAGGUAUCAGCAGAUCAAAGAUGAUGAGAUGAUCGCUCGUACAUUACAAAGCGAUGAAGGCUCUCCAGAAAUGAUCCACUCCGAGGUACAGCCUUCAGCGCCACCUGUCUCUGAGAUGUAUGAAGAUCAAACCAGCGAUGCCACCAUAGCGCUUGAAUUACAGAACAUAGAAAACGAUGAACAUGGAGCGAGGGUUGAGAAAGAACGUUUAGAAUUCGAAGAAAGGAAAGAAAAAGAGAUGUUGAAAAGGAAACAGAUCGAAGAAGACCGCGAGAUGGCGUUACGUGUUCAGAACGAACAAGAAGGCGUACGAUAUGUCAACGACGAAGAGUCUUUCAAGAUACACGAGCGUCUUUACAAAGAACACCAGGAACGCGCAAAGGAAUUAAACGGCAAAGACCAAGAGACGAAAGAUCGCCGCCUUGCAGAAAGUUUGGUGUACGAAGAUGCAUACAACCAUGGUUUGCCGGUGUUGCCUAGACCUGACCCGAAGGUUAUCAAACCAAUCAAAUACCCGGUGAAGAUUGUCCCUCGGGGAGCCCGUUCCUCGUCAGCCAUCGAUGUUUUGGAAUCAUCUCUGCCAUGAAUAUAUGGUUAGUGAAAGGCUCGUUUAUGCAAUACAAGUGCAUAAGUAAAAGCAUCCAGUAAAAUUGAGCCGCAAAAAAAGAAAAAAUAGUAUGGACGAGCCUUGAAUUGAGGUGAUUUUGCGAAGUAGAAUAUGCCAAUAUUCUAGUGUGUAUAUUAUAAGUAUGUCUUACUUUUAAAUUCUUAGACUUUUGUAGGUUUUGUUCUUGAAGAAGUCUUAACGAUUGUAAUAGUUGUUGUUUAUUUAGAAUCUUAGGGUAAUAUAGUUUGCACCUUGGUAAAGUGGGAGAAGGGCUUGGUUUCAGAGAGCCGGGGGUGGGAUAUUCACCUGUAAUAAAAAUGAAAAGCAGUUUAGGGCGUCUUAAACGAUAGAAAUUUUAUAUUUGUGGAUUUGAAAUAAUCGUUUGUAUAUUAUUAAUUAAGUAGCUAUGAUUUGUAAAAAAAAAACUAGAAAAGGAGCCUGUGUGUGCCCUGCGAGGCGAUCGCUCGUGUAUCCCACGAAAGUUCAACCACUUGUGUGAUGUACACGUGUGAAACUGCAUGGAUAUCACCCGCGUUGCAGGAUACCUUUGGGAUAAAAUUGUAUAAAAUUGGAUUUAUGUAGAUAACAUACUGUAGUCUAUAUCUAGUUGUUAAACAAAGCAAAAAUUUAUACUGUAGAUGAAAUUCAUAGAAAUAUUAUGUCGACUAUUAAACCGGCUCCGUAAAGUUCUCGAAUUCCGAAAAGAGAUUACGAUAAAAUGCUUUCAUCAAAAUGUAGUAUAUGAGAGAUUAAAUAUUUGUCUUAGGACACACCAUAUUCACAUUGUUUCGUUCAGGAGAUUGUGAUCAACCAUUAGUUAUUAGAAUAAGAUGAUGCUUGAUCACCAUCAGCUGAUCUGACUUUGGUAUUUGGUCUGUGUGAUUUAGAACUUCAUACAUCAACGUGGAUUUUUGGACUUUACAGAGUUAUGGAUACAUUAGAUAUCUCAGAUAAAUCUAUAUAGUUUGUGUUGAACUCAUUGUAUUUUAUUUAAUGAAACGAACGCGUGUAGCGUGGCUAAUAUAGAAUUGCUUUUUAUUUAAUGAUUUUUAUAGCCUAAACCAGCGGUCCUAACUGAUGUAGCUGUAAAUGACAUAUAAUUAAUUGUAAA